AGUAACAAAAUUAAAGAAUAAGCUAAUGCAUUUGAAUGGUAGAGCAAAAUUGUUAAAUUACUGCGCUGUGGGUAUUUUAAGCUAAUUAUUUUGAAAGUAACUUAUUUAUAUCCAUUGAGCAAAAGGGAAUUUAUUUCACAGUAAUACAUUGUGUUGAUAAUGCACACCAGUGAAUGUGUAGCUAAAGAUUAUCAGAAAUAAAAAUGUGUGCUGGAUCUUAUGUAGAUGCUCUUGUAUCUCAAGACCUUGAAAGGAAAGGGGAAGUGGGAUCAUCAGGGAAAAGAGAAGAAUGAGUUCAAAAUCUUUUUUAAGGUGGCAGCUGUCUAACCAAAACAUCUCCUUUCUUAGGAAGGUACUGGUCCCCGUGUUAUUUCAGCAUUUGUGGAGAUUAUAUUUGACAAUUCCGACAACAGGUUACCGGUGAGUUCAGUGAACUGCUUUGGACAUAAUUAUCAUUUCAGACUCAAGUCUGAAUCAAGGUGAUCUUAGCCUUAUGGAAGGCUUCAGCACGGUACCUAGUUUGGAGUAAUUUCUGGUAAAAAGUGCCAUAAACUUUCUGGGUUAGUUGCAGCUGCUUGCAGUAAGUAUGUGAAUUUACUGUUUUUUUUUUUUUUCUUAAGAUUGAUAAAGAGGAAGUCUCGCUUCGCAGAGUCAUUGGAGCCAAGAAGGACCAAUAUUUCUUAGACAAGAAAAUGGUGACGUAGGAAAAAUGAUGUCAUGAAUCUUCUUGAAAGUGCUGGAUUUUCUCGCAGUAAUCCCUACUAUAUUGUUAAACAAGGAAAGAUCAACCAGAUGGCCACAGCUCCUGACUCUCAAAGACUGAAGUUACUAAGGGAAGUAGCUGGUACCAGAGUGUACGAUGAACGUAAAGAGGAGAGUAUUUCACUGAUGAAAGAAACAGAGGGCAAGCGAGAGAAGAUCAACGAGUUGUUGAAAUACAUUGAAGAGCGACUGCAUACUCUAGAAGAGGAGAAAGAAGAGCUGGCACAGUACCAGAAAUGGGAUAAAAUGAGGAGAGCAUUAGAAUACACCAUUUAUAAUCAGGAACUUAAUGAAACCCGAGCUAAGCUUGAUGAGCUUUCUGCUAAACGAGAGACAAGUGGAGAAAAAUCGAGGCAGCUGAGAGAUGCACAGCAAGAUGCUAGAGAUAAAAUGGAGGAAAUAGAACGUCAAGUUCGAGAACUGAAGACAAAGAUUUCUGCAAUGAAAGAAGAGAAAGAGCAACUUAGUGCUGAAAGACAGGAGCAGAUUAAACAGAGGACUAAAUUAGAGCUGAAGGCUAAAGAUCUGCAGGAUGAAUUAGCUGGCAACAGUGAGCAAAGGAAAAGACUGCUAAAAGAGAGGCAAAAACUUCUUGAGAAAAUUGAGGAGAAGCAGAAAGAAUUGGCAGAAACAGAGCCAAAAUUUAACAGCGUAAAAGAAAAAGAAGAGAGAGGGAUUGCUAGACUUGCACAGGCUACACAAGAAAGAACAGAUCUUUAUGCAAAGCAAGGUCGAGGGAGCCAGUUUACUUCCAAAGAGGAAAGGGAUAAGUGGAUAAAGAAAGAACUGAAGUCGUUAGAUCAAGCUAUCAAUGACAAGAAGCGGCAGAUUGCAGCUAUACACAAGGAUUUAGAGGAUACGGAGGCAAACAAGGAGAAAAACCUGGAACAGUACAGUAAACUGGACCAGGAUCUUAACGAAGUGAAGGCUCGCGUUGAAGAAUUGGACAGAAAAUACUAUGAAGUGAAAAAUAAAAAGGAUGAGCUACAGAGUGAAAGAAAUUAUCUAUGGAGAGAAGAGAAUGCAGAACAACAAGCUCUUGCCGCAAAGAGGGAGGAUCUAGAAAAGAAACAGCAGCUUCUCAGAGCAGCAACAGGAAAGGCCAUUUUGAAUGGUAUAGACAGCAUAAACAAAGUUUUGGAGCACUUCCGUCGAAAAGGCAUAAACCAGCACGUUCUAAAUGGCUACCAUGGAAUCGUGAUGAAUAACUUUGAAUGUGAACCAGCAUUCUACACCUGUGUUGAAGUCACUGCAGGGAACAGGUUGUUUUAUCACAUUGUGGAUUCUGAUGAGGUCAGUACAAAGAUCCUAAUGGAAUUUAACAAAAUGAACCUUCCUGGAGAAGUUACUUUCCUCCCUCUGAACAAGCUGGAUGUUAGAGAUACUGCUUAUCCUGAGACUAAUGAUGCUAUUCCUAUGAUCAGUAAACUGAGGUACAAUCCAAGAUUUGAUAAGGCUUUCAAACAUGUUUUUGGGAAGACUUUAAUUUGUCGUAGCAUGGAAGUGUCUACCCAGCUGGCCAGAGCUUUCACAAUGGAUUGUAUCACUCUGGAAGGUGAUCAAGUCAGCCAUCGAGGUGCUUUGACUGGAGGUUAUUAUGACACCAGGAAGUCUCGGCUUGAGUUGCAAAAAGACGUUAGAAAAGCAGAAGAAGAACUUGGUGAACUCGAAGCAAAGCUCAAUGAAAACUUACGUAGAAACAUUGAAAGGAUUAAUAAUGAGAUUGACCAGCUAAUGAACCAAAUGCAGCAAAUUGAAACACAGCAGAGAAAGUUCAAGGCCUCUCGAGACAGUAUUUUGUCAGAGAUGAAAAUGCUGAAGGAGAAAAGGCAGCAGUCUGAAAAGACAUUUAUGCCUAAGCAACGUAGCUUGCAGAGCCUGGAGGCAAGUUUACAUGCUAUGGAGUCAACUAGAGAAUCAUUAAAAGCAGAACUGGGGACAGAUUUGUUGUCUCAGCUCAGCCUUGAAGAUCAGAAACGUGUGGAUGCUCUUAAUGAUGAAAUUCGACAACUACAGCAAGAAAACAGACAGCUUUUGAAUGAGAGGAUUAAAUUGGAAGGCAUUAUCACAAGAGUUGAAACAUAUCUCAAUGAGAAUCUGAGAAAACGCUUAGACCAAGUGGAACAAGAACUGAAUGAGCUUCGAGAAACAGAAGGUGGCACAGUUCUUACUGCCACAACAUCAGAACUUGAGGCUAUCAACAAACGAGUGAAGGAUACACUGGCACGGUCAGAUGAUCUGGAUAACUCUAUUGACAAAACAGAAGCAGGAAUUAAAGAACUUCAGAAAAGCAUGGAACGCUGGAAGAACAUGGAAAAGGAGCAUAUGGAUGCCAUUAACCAUGAUACAAAAGAACUUGAAAAAAUGACAAACAGGCAAGGCAUGCUCCUCAAGAAGAAAGAGGAGUGCAUGAAGAAAAUACGAGAGUUAGGUUCACUUCCACAGGAGGCUUUUGAAAAGUAUCAGACUUUAAGUUUAAAGCAGUUAUUCCGCAAGCUGGAGCAGUGCAAUACUGAACUGAAGAAAUACAGUCAUGUUAAUAAAAAAGCUUUAGAUCAGUUUGUGAAUUUCUCAGAGCAGAAGGAAAAACUGAUAAAAAGACAAGAGGAAUUGGACAGGGGCUACAAAUCCAUCAUGGAGCUGAUGAAUGUCCUUGAGCUCAGGAAAUAUGAGGCUAUUCAGCUAACUUUCAAACAGGUGUCAAAAAAUUUCAGUGAAGUAUUCCAAAAGUUAGUACCUGGUGGGAAGGCCACAUUAGUGAUGAAGAAAGGAGAUGUGGAGGGCAGUCAGUCCCAGGAUGAAGGUGAAGGCAGCACUGAGAGCGAAAGGGGAUCUGGAUCUCAGAGCAGUGUUCCAUCUGUAGAUCAGUUCACUGGAGUUGGCAUAAGGGUAUCAUUCACAGGGAAGCAGGGUGAAAUGAGAGAAAUGCAGCAACUUUCAGGUGGACAGAAAUCUUUAGUGGCCCUGGCUCUAAUAUUUGCCAUCCAGAAAUGUGAUCCAGCUCCGUUUUAUUUGUUUGAUGAAAUUGACCAAGCCUUGGAUGCUCAGCACAGAAAAGCUGUGUCAGAUAUGAUUAUGGAACUAGCUGAACAUGCUCAGUUUAUUACAACAACUUUUAGGCCGGAACUGCUGGAGUCAGCUGACAAGUUCUAUGGUGUAAAAUUCAGAAACAAGGUCAGUCAUAUUGAUGUGAUCACAGCAGAAAUGGCCAAAGACUUUGUAGAAGAUGACACCACACAUGGUUAAAGGAGCUUGUAAUUACUGCUUUUUUUGAAGAUGUGUAUAGUGCUGUUUAUGCCAGGGACCUGUACAUUUAAAAUAUGAAGUAUUUAGUCCUUGUUUAAUAUAGUUUUUGAACACACAUUUUAACCAAGACCUCAGAAGUCUGAGUUUCAAAUGAGGUUGAGUAUCCAUUUUGUCUCUGUUGCUGUAUUUUAUAAGAUGAUUGUUAAUGUUACCUUUAUACAAUACCUGUAGUUUGGAAAUUUUAUUCUCUUCCUUCAAAUCUUUUGUAAAGUGUUUGUUGCUGUUCUAAAGCUUUUCAGAAAGUGCUAGCUAUUUCUUCUUAAGUAUAGUUUUAUCAUUUAUAUUGCCUCACAUGUUUUUUUUUUAAAUGGCUUCAAUUAAAAUGGUUGGUUUUAUGGCUGU